GCGAUUUUCCGAGGCCUUCGUGGAUCGUGACUCAGCCCUGUUAAUACAGGAUUUCCUUGCGUUGUUUGUCAUGUGUGGGCAUGGCGUUAGCCGAGAGGUGCAGUGGUUAAGGAUGCAACCAGUGAAGGGAUUUUGCCUAUAGGGAUGUAAGAAAAGGGGUUGCCUGUGCAGAGGCUCAUGCUGAGACUUUGAAAGUAACAGGUCAGUAAGAACAGUAUUAUAACGUGAACAGUGAAGUAGCAGGAUCAUCAGCAGGUGGUCUCAGAUGAAGCAGAUAAGACCAAAUGCUCAUAAUCAGUUUAUUAUUAUGUAUUCUUGCCUCUAUCUGAGCAGCUACAUUUGCAUCUUCCUUGUUCUCAAAUGAGUAGAGAUCCUCAAUCAAAAAUGAAUGAACAGUAGUGGUGAUUAGUACUUCAUGGCUUUAAAUGAGCAAAAACGUAAUUCCAGUUGUAGAAGCAACAGAUAGCAAGAUGUUCCUGUACCUGUAGCUUGAGAAAACUCAAGGAGGGAAAGUCAUUUUUCUUGUCUUUUAGUUAUCACAAAAGAUAAACCUACCUCUCGCAAAACAAAUCGUGAAUCUAGAAAGCUGGCGGUAGUGCGUUCACUGCUACCAUUAUCUUUUCAGGGCAGAGAGCUGUAGCAGUGGGAGUCAAAAAAGUUGUAGUUUUUUUGAGUUAGUGAUAUAAUGAAAGGAAGCAAGGGCUUUGAGAGAUCUCCCUUGAAUAACAGGGAGAACUAAAGCAGAAAAACCCAACAGGGUAGGGCAAUCUCAAACUAACAUAGUUAGUGGCAGACCCUAGAAAAGGGAGGUAAGUGACCUGGGGAGUUGUGAGUGGAUGCACCUGCAGAUAAAGGAGGCAAUGGUUGACAGAGCUCAUGGAUAAGGGAGAAAAUGGCUAAGAUGGCAGUUUGGGCUAAACUGGAGGUCAGGUUUUACUAUUGGCUUAAACUAAGCAUGUGCAGCCACUCAGGGCAUUGAGUCCUGCUUUGGCUGGGAAUUGGCUUUGUUAAAAAAAGUUAUAAAAAAUUGCUAUUGUUUCCCCAUCACCUCUCGGUCUGCUUUAAGCACAGUGUGGGAUUUCCCUUUCUUGUGGUUCUGUGAUGAUCUUAGCUUAUCUGUGCAUGGUCAUGCAGUUGUAUUCUGGGGGUGUUGCAGAGUUUUAAAGUGUAAGAUGAAGGCUCACUGAAAACAGGAGGAAAAACGGAAAGAGUAAUUUGAAGAAUGGAAACUGGGACUGCAUGAGGAACAAGAGAUAGGAGUUCAAGUCCAGCUCUUAGUGAAAAAAGAAACAAGUGCCAGAAGUCUUAUAGGCCUUCUCCUUUUAACUCUUUGGGUUCCAGUUGGUUUUUAUCAUUUGAGGGUUUUUUUCCUUUGUUUUGGUGUGGGUAUUUUCACUGAACUGGGAUUUAGAGGUUGUACUAGAAAAUAAGGUAAUCCAAGAUUAACUGUCACUGUUAACCUUGCUAAAGAUUUUUUUCACCCCUACUCAUUUCCUCCUCAGACUUAGGUAGGUAGGAAGAGCUGACUGCUAAAGAGAAAAUGACAUCUCUGGAAAAAGUUGAUGAUGCCUCAUCACCCAUCCGAGGAGCUGGAGAUGGCAUGGAAACAGAGCAGACAGCUGAAUCGGUGGAAGUAGUCCCUGGGGCCAACACUACAAACCAUCACAUCCACCACAGCCCACACAGAAAGACAGUGCCUUCCCUGAGUCCCGGAGUUCUGCAGCUAGGGAAAGUACAUGCUGAUAAAUCAGUGGAAAUUGAAGCUAUUCGUAUAUUAGUCCCCAAAGCAGCUAUCACCCAUGUUGUUCCAACUAAAAAUGCUAAGGUAGCAAAAUCAGUGGGCCAUAAAGGAGACACGUUCCAUCAGUCCGAUGGAGCUGCAGAUCCCAAGAAAGAACAGAUAGAGCUGAAAAAUGCAAUUGAAAAGCUAAAGAAUUCAGAAAAGCGCUUGUUACAGGAUAAAGAAGGUCUCUCUAAUCAGCUGCGUAUACAGACAGAGGUGAAUCGGGAGCUGAAGAAGUUACUCGUUGCUUCUGUUGGGGACGAUCUGGAGUAUCACUUUGAACGGAUGGCUCGUGAGAAAAAUCAGCUGAUCCUAGAAAAUGAAGUCCUGGGCCGGAAUAUGUCUCAGUUGUCUGAACAGUUAGAGCGCAUGUCUAUACAAUGUGAUGUGUGGCGAAGCAAAUUCCUAGCAAGCAGGGUUAUGGCUGAUGAGCUAACCAAUACCAGAUCAAUUCUUCAGCGUCAAACCAGGGAUGCACAAAGUGCAAUCCAGGACUUGCUGAAUGAACGCGAUCAGUUCCGUCAAGAGAUGAUUGAUACACAGAAGCUGCUGGAGGAGCUGAUGGUUUCUCUUCAGUGGGGGAGACAACAGACAUACUAUCCCAGUGCCCAACCUUACUCUACAACAGAGCUAGCAGCUGUGAAUUGUAAGCUAGCCAAAGCUGUAAGCUCGCAUCUCCUUGGAAAUGUUGGCACUAACAGUCCAAAAAAGACUUCAGCAGCUGUGGAGUUUUGCAGUACCCCUGCUGAGAAAAUGGCUGAAAUGGUGCUACGUGUACUGGAUCCAGCUGCACGUACAGAAACAACAACAGAAGUUUCUUUUUCUGAGACUUCUCCACCCUCCUUCCUUUCCACAAAGAAGAAUAUUGGAAGGUUUCACCCAUAUACAAGAUAUGAAGAUGUAACUUUCAAUUGCUGCAAUCACUGUCAAGGAGAGCUGAUAGCCCUGUAAAAAGACAGCCAGUGUGACUGCACAUGCACCCUUUCUGAAGAAAUGCACUAGUUGAUGUUCAGCAGGCUUCCCUUUUCCCUAUUUCUUUCUGUAAUGGGUGGGUUUAACAUUGGAAAUUACGCAGUUUCUGCUUCUCUACCUCCUGAAGUUAGGGACUGACAGGAUUUCCUGACCCUCGGGGAUACUUCUACUUUUCAGUCUGUAAAGCUACUUAUUUUCUUCUACAAAGGCAAGACCAAAAAUAUUGUGCUGGUCCAGUUUGUAGUGCACAGAGAUGCCCUUGACUAUUUAAGGUUUACAGUCUUAUUAGCAAAUUUCAAUUAAUUUCUCUUUAGAGGGAGACAAAAGUGUAACUAUACCAAAGUUAAUGAAGUGCUGAUAGGUUAUGUUUUAAAGAAAAAAAAAAA